AUGGAGGAAAAAGACCACAUGACUGUGGACCAAGGCAUGCGGGUGGACUUACCCGCCAGCCCAGACAAAACAGGACAGAGUGACGGAACUCUACACACAGAACGUGGGACUGAACUUGCUUCUAGAGAGUCACCGAUCCAGGAGAGACUGUUGAGGCCCUCAGAACUGGAAGAGGGGACACUAUCCAGAGGGUCACCGAUCCAGGAGAGACUGUUGAAGCCCUCAGAACUAGAGGACCGGACUGUGAUAAAGGUGUCACCCAUCCAAAAGAGACUGAUGGACUCACCAGAACUGACUGACAAAACUGAUGCUGGAGCCCAAAUACAGCAGAAAAACCCUACCAACCUUGACAUAGCUCGCCUAGCGGACAAUCAGAAUGAUCAGGCAGACACUGACCUGACUGGACAGAGUAGGGCUGACCUGAUAGUCCCGGAUGGCCAAAACCGAAAUCCUGACGUACUGGUGACUGACGUACGGAGAGACAACUCAAUGGAGAAGCAUGACGGGGAUAGAAUGAAUUUAAAAACUGCAGAGAUCAGUGACGUGGUUAAGACUAACCUAAAUUGGACGGACUGGUUUCACAGGACGGUGGCCGGGAUAGGACAGGCGGCUGGAGGUUUUGUUUCGAGAAUUGGUGCAGGGCUAGGCAACUGGUCCGGAAGAUGCGCCAGAGUGCAGGUGGUGCAGGAGCUCAUUGUUUUCCCACAGGGGGAGGAAACAAGUGAUAGUAAGAGGGUGAAGAGGGCGUUCCGACCAGACCCUGUAGUGGUGCGAGGGGUAACAAGACAGAUGUUAGUGCUGAAUGUGGAGAGCAAGAGUAGCCGACCAGAGCAGUUCCCCAUCAAGGACUGGUUAGCGGAGGACGACUCGUUGGACGAUGAAAAGACCAUGGACUGUGACAGUAUACCUACUUUUUGA